AGGUUACAGUGCGCAUGCGCAGAGGCACAGCGCUACCUGUGUGUCCGCGUGGUUAUACUCCGAGCGUGUUUACAGCAUUACUGCUGUAUUCCUCUACAGUACACAAACACAGGGGAGUCGCUUCUUACUGCGGGGUGCAGGGACUGAUCCAGCGGAUUUAUAGCGGGUGAUGUCUGACAGCGUGGAGGACGGGAGGAAGAGGAGGAAGAGGAGGUAUGGUGCCCCCCAGGCGGGCGGAAAGCGGCGGAGAGGUGGCAGGGAGCUGGAGCCAGGCAUGCAGGGCAUCCUCAUCACCUGUAACAUGAAGGAGCGCCGAUGCACCGCCGAGGCCUACAGCCUGCUGAACGAGUACGCAGACCAGCUGUACGGUCCAGAACAGUUAGCAGACCCUAAUGACAGCAGCAGUGAGGAUGAUGUGGAGGAAGCGCUGCAGAAGGAGGUGAAACAGUUCCAUUCGACCACAGAGAACCGACAGAGACGCUUUACAGCACUCGAGAGUGGAGCAAAUAACGUCUUGUUCAUCCGCACACACAGCAUUGACCCGGGUCAGUUAGUGCACUCUAUCCUGCAGGACCUGUAUAGUACUCGGAGGUUGAAGUCGAGGGUGAUAUUGCGGAUGUUGCCGGUGUGUGGGUCGUGUAGAGCGUUCCCUGAAGACAUGCUGAAGUUCCUGUCCUCGUUCCUGCAGCCGUGGUUCCUCUCUCCGAACCACGCCUCCUACCAGAUCUGCUUCAAAUCCCGCAACAACAGCCACAGCAAGAGGGACGACGUCAUCAAGAGCAUCGCUGGUUUGGUGAACCGGCUAAAUCCGAAGAACAAAGUGGACCUGACCAAUCCGGAGCUCAGCGUCAUCAUUGAGGUGAUAAAGUCGGUGUGCUGCGUCAGCGUGAUCCGAGACUACAAACGCUUCCGAAAAUACAACCUACAGGAAGUGGCCAAGGGCCCAGCCACCCAGGAGUCAUCCAAACAGGAAGUGGCAAAGGACCCGGCCACCCAGGAGUCAUCCAAACAGGAAGUGGCAAAGGACCCGGCCACCCAGGAGUCAUCCAAACAGGAAGUGGCAAAGGACCCGGCCACCCAGGAGUCAUCCAAACAGGAAGUGGCAAAGGACCCGGCCACCCAGGAGUCAUCCAAACAGGAAGUGGCAAAGGACCCGGCCACCCAGGAGUCAUCCAAACAGGAAGUGGGGGAAAAUGAAACGAACCAGGAAGUGCUGAAAGACUUGACCAGUCAGGAGCAGGGCCAACAGGAAGUGGUUGAGAGCAAAGCCAAUCAGACAGAAGAGCAGAAUGUGGGCGGGGACAGUGUGAUAAAAAAGGAGGAGAAAGAGUAAUUGAAAUUUUGUUCCAAAUACACGAAGGGGGAGAGGGUGCUGGGAGGGGGGGUUGCAGGGGGGUUGCAGGGGGGUUCUGGGGGGGUGUUGUGUCACAGUGGUUAAUGAAUUAGUUUCUUUAUCAGUGUGGUACAUUUAUUAAAACUGUGUGUUAGUUAAAUAACUUUCUAUUUUUACUGUUAAACUCUUUUAUUGGACUUUUAUGUCAGUUUAAUGUUAUUUUGGGUUAAGAUCAUUGUUUUCCAGACUCAGAAUAAAUACGAUUUUGGCGUGA